AUGGCUGAAUCCGUUUCAGUGGACAUGGAGAUGAUCUUUUUUGGCGGAAAGGAAUAUCAUAUCCGAACUGGCUGUGGUUCUGUUUCUGUUAUAGUAUGCGGGGAUCAAAACAAACCAGCUUUAAUCACAUAUCCAGAUGUAGCACUAAAUUAUAUGUCAUGUUUCCAAGGAUUAUUUUUUUGUCCAGAGGCAGCUUCUUUGCUUCUUCACAACUUCUGCAUAUAUCAUAUUAGUCCUCCUGGGCAUGAGUUGGGAGCUCCUGCAGUUUGUCCCGACGAUCCAAUCCCUUCUGCUGAAGACUUAGUAGAUCAAAUAAUUGAGGUUCUCAACUAUUUUCGGCUUGGUGCAGUGAUGUGUAUGGGAGCAUCAGCUGGUGCUUAUAUCCUUUCGCUAUUUGCUACAAAAUAUAGGGAGCGUGUUGUUGGUUUAAUACUUGUAUCUCCCUUAUGCAAAGCUCCUUCUUGGACAGAAUGGUUUUAUAACAAGGUGAUGUGUAAUUUGCUGUAUUUCUAUGGUGUUUGUGGCGUGUUAAAAGAGUGUUUACUCCAGCGAUACUUCAGUAAGGAAGUUCGUGGUGAUGCUGAAUUUCCAGAAUCAGAGAUAGUUCAAGCUUGCAGAAAACUACUAGAUGAGAGAAAGAGCAUCAAUAUAUUUCGGUUUCUUCAGGCCAUCAAUGAGAGACCUGAUAUAACAGAAGGAUUGAAGCGAUUGAAAUGUCGUACACUUAUUUUUGUUGGUGACAGCUCUCCUUUCCAUUCAGAGGCUCUUCAUAUGACUUCAAACCUUGAUAGGAGAUACACUGCCUUGGUCGAGGUUCAGGGUUGUGGAUCAAUGGUUGCAGAGGAACAGCCACAUGCAAUGCUGGUCCCUAUGGAGUACUUUCUGAUGGGCUAUGGGUUGUAUAGGCCAUACCAUUUCAGUGAAAGCCCAAGGAGCCCGCUAAGUCCAUCUUGCAUCUCUCCUGAGCUUCUUUCCCCGGAGAGCAUGGGAUUGAAGCUAAAGCCUAUAAAGACACGUGUUUAA